AUGUUCGGUGCCACUGCUAUUCCCGGUUCUCGUCAGGGCUGCUUCAAGUGCGGCAACCUCGGUCACAUUGCCGAAAACUGCAAAAACGCCUCUGGUCGUCUCUGCUACAACUGUCGGGAGCCCGGCCACGAGUCCACCAACUGCCCCCAGCCUCGUUCCAAUGACGGCAAGCAGUGCUACGCCUGUGGUGGUGUAGGCCACGUCAAGACUGACUGCCCCUCUUUGCGAGGUGCUUUCGGCGCUGGUGGAUUCCGGGGCGGCCGAGGCGGGUUCCGAGGUGGCCGAGGUGGGUUCGGGGGUAACUUUGGUGCUCGUCCCCGACCUCCUGUCGCCAACCCGGACGGGAGCCCCAUCGUUUGUCAUCGAUGCAAGGGCGAAAACCAUCUCGCCAUCCACUGUUUGGCGCCCAGGGAUGAGGCAGCCAUCUUGGCUAGCAAGAGGUGCUACAAGUGUCAGGAGACUGGACACAUUGCCAGGGACUGCACCAAGGAGGACGUGGCUAUUGCUUCCGAGUAG